CUUCGAGCUCCUCCGGGCCCCUCCGCCUUGCACCGCCCCCCUCCUCACCCUCAAAGGCGCACCCUGCCCGGGCCACUCUGCGCUCUCGCCGCGGAGCACCCUUCUGGCUUCUUCGUCUCCGGACGGACGGACGCUAGAGCUCUCUUCUCUUCCCUUAGCCAAACUUACUUUCCCGCCUCCCGAAAAACUCCGGCUUCCCUGUUCCUCCUCCAGCUCGGCUCUUGGCUCUUUUCCUCUCCACUUUCCUCUCCUCUCCCCGAACCACAAACCCACCGCCCCAUUCCUCUCUCCCAUCCCCUCCUCCCUUCCCGGGACCCCCAAAACUCUUCCUCCUUCACUCCAGACCUAGUCCCAGCGCGCCUGCUGGACGCGGUCUCCUGCGCGGUUCUUCUCGAAGCCAUGGCAGGACCUGGGAGUUGGAGGGACAAGGAGGUGACAGAUCUCGGCCACUUGCCGGAUCCAACUGGAAUAUUCUCACUAGAGAAGACCAUUGGUCUCGGUACUUAUGGAAGAAUCUAUUUGGGACUCCAUGAAAAGACGGGUUCUUUCGUGGCUAUUAAAGUAAUGAAUGCCCGGAAGACUCCUUUGCCUGAAAUAGGAAAGCGGGUGAGAGUGAACAAAUACCGAAAGUCUGUCGGAUGGAGAUACAGCGAUGAAGAAGAGGAUCUUCGGACUGAACUCAACCUGCUGAGGAAGUACUCUUUCCACAAAAACAUUGUGACCUUCUAUGGUGCGUUCUUCAAGCUGAAUCCUCCUGGCCAUCAGCACCAACUUUGGAUGGUAAUGGAGCUCUGUGCAGCAGGCUCUGUCACUGAUGUAGUGAGGAUGACAAGAAAUCAGAGUUUAAAAGAAGACUGGAUCGCUUACAUCUGUCGAGAAAUCCUUCAGGGCUUAGCUCACCUUCAUGCGCACCAAGUAAUCCACCGGGACAUCAAAGGUCAGAAUGUGCUACUGACCCAGGAUGCUGAAGUCAAGAUAGUGGAUUUUGGAGUGAGUGCCCAAGUGAGCAGAACAAAUGGACGGAGAAAUAGCUUCAUUGGUACACCGUACUGGAUGGCCCCCGAGGUGAUUCAUUGUGAUGAGGACCCAAGACGUUCCUAUGAUUACAGAAGUGAUGUGUGGUCUGUGGGAAUCACUGCUAUUGAAAUGGCUGAAGGCGCUCCUCCUCUGUGUAACCUUCAGCCCCUGGAAGCCCUUUUUGUUAUUCUACGGGAAGCUGCUCCCACAGUCAAAUCCAGUGGAUGGUCCCGUAAGUUCCAGAAUUUCAUGGAAAAUUGCAUGAUAAAAAAUUUCCUAUUUCGUCCUACAUCUGGAAACAUGCUUCAUCACCCAUUUGUCCACGAUAUAAAAAAUGAACGACGUGUUGUGGAGUCAUUGACCAAGCACCUUACUGGGAUCAUCCAAAAGAGAGAGAGAAAAGGAAUACCUCUGGCCUUCGAAGGAGAAGAAGCUGUUAACGAACAAUACAUCACAAGGAGAUUCAGAGGACCUUCUUGCACUCCUGAACUUCUGAGAGUGCCAACCAGCAGCCGAUGCAGACCACUCAGAGUCCUGCAUGGAGAGCCUCCUCAGCCAAGGUGGUUACCUGAUGAAGAACAGCCAGAGGACCAAGAGCUUCAGCAACUGCAGGAGGCAGCCAGGAUGUUCAUGCCUCUACAUUCUCAGGACAAAACACUUAAGCCUUUACAAAAGCAGGCUCAGUUACCACAGCAUCUACAUGUGGCCCCUCAAGUGCUGAUGCCAGUACAGGUUGAAGCAACAGUAGCUACGCCUCUAGCUAAAAAGAUUCGGGCACCUCCCCAACUAAGCAAAGCAGCUUGGGGACUCACGUCACCACCUAGUCAGGAUAACAAAGCUAGUUCUCCUGAGGUACAGGCCCCCAUACCCAGAGAACAGCAGGCCCAGAAUGAUGCCUUAGAAACGGAACAGCCUGAAGAUUUGGACCAGGUGCCAGAAGAAUUUCAGGGGCAAGACAGGGCAGCUGAGGAGCAAAGGCAGGGCCAGGCCGCUGAACAAGAGCAGAGGCAGAAUGGAGUCCCUGAGCAGCAUCCAGAGGAGAAUAGGGAACCUGAACAAGCUGAGGUGCAGGAAGAGGCUGUUGAGCCUCCACAAGCUGAGGUUGAGGAGAAGGAUCCUGAGGUAAUACAAGUACAUGCCCGGGUGUUCCUGCCUUUACAGUCCCAGAACCAUCAUGUGUUCUUGCCUCUUCAUCUGGACACACAGCUGCUAAUUCCAGUAGGGGAACAAAAUGAAGAGGCACCUCGGGCACAGGCCUGGGAUCUGGAGGCCUCAAGGGCAGCUGGUGCAGUACAAGCACUGGUAGAGGGACUAUCAAGAGACUUGCUUCGAGCACCAAACGCAUUUACCUCAAAACCACUUGGUCCACUGCAAAUCUUGUUGGAAAGUUUGUGCACCAACGGGUUUUACACUGAACCUGAAGCAGUACAGAAGAAAAAGUCAAGAGUUUCUAGCCUGAAGAAAGCAAUAGUAAAAAGACUAACACCCAAGAGGUUCAGGGCAAAGGCAUUAUGGAGACGUCAAGAUUUUGAAUGCUCAGAUGUAGAAAGCAGCAGGAGACGGCGCCAGCGUAGAUGGGAGGAAAUCUUUAAUCAGCAUGAAGAGCAACUGAGGGAAGUUGAAAAUGAUAGAGACGAUGAUGACUCAUCAGACAAUGAUGAAGUGUUUCAUUCAAUUCAGGCUGAAGUCCAAAUAGAACCAUACGCUCCAAAUCGUACAGGAAAUGAGGUCCAAGAGAGAUCUGCUCCUAUGCCUUGCAACCGGAAUCGUACACAUCGUGUGAAAUUUUCUCCAAGUGUCUGUGAGCAGGCUCUUUUGGAAGAAGCUCAGCAGCCGAUGGACAUCAGACCGAGGAACUCCCUAAAUCCUCGGAAUUUUCAAGCAGAAUCAGAGUCAUCUUCUGAGGAGGACAGCCCUGUGACUAGGAGGAAGUCCCAGUCAUCGCCGCCUUAUUCUACUAUUGAUCAGAGGUUACUGAUUGAUAUCCAUGUUCCAGAUGGAUUUAAAGUGGGAAAAAUAUCACCCCCUGUGUACUUGACAAACGAAUGGGUAGGCUGUAACCCACUCUCUGAAGUCUUCUGGGAUGAUUGGGUAAACCCUACACCUGCCACUAGGCGACAUGAAGAAGAUGGUGAUUAUGUUGAACUCUAUGAUGCUGAUGCUAAUGGUGAUGGACGAGCUUCAAAUUAUGCUUAUGAAGAAAACUAUGCCAGUGGCCAUGAUGACAUGAAUCAUCAGGCAAAUGGCUAUAGAGGCCAUGGUAACCGUCACUACAGUGAUGGGUCUUUUCGAAACAGAGGUGAUAGUCGUGGUGCUGCUUUCAAUGGGCCAAGGGCAAGUUAUUGCAGAGGGGGAAUCUUGAAGAAUGCUGGUAAUGAUGGCCGUGAUCUAAGGCGAGGGGCUUUCAGAGCCUAUGGAGACAAUGAAGCCAGCAAUUACCAUGGAGCUGCCAGUGGAGCAAGCGCAGCCUUUGGAAGCCAGGAAGGACAUGAAGGCCACAUGGGCGGUCGACGAGGUAACAGAUACAGGGAAGUCAAUGGAAGCAGCGGAGAGAAUGGCGCAUGUGGAUUCCAUAGAGAUGGGGCAGGACUGGAUCAACAACAUGUAUUCCCAGAUUUUGAAAAUGAACAAGAGCAAUCAGAUGCUGGAACUGAGACGUCAGAUUCAAUUGCCCUGGAGAUCACAUCCUUUUCCCUUGAUGGUGAGCAAAACAAUGAUAGAGCAGAACCAACAUUGGGUUUUCCUCUCAGACGCUCAUCUUCCAGAGGUUCUGCUUCGGAUACUGACAUUAUGAGUGACUCAUAUAACAAACCAAUAAUCCAUGCGUAUGAAAGGGAAUUCUCGCAUGAAAUCUUCUGUGGUUCUCUGUGGGGAGUCAAUUUGUUGCUGGGCACCAAAUCUCAUCUGUAUCUGAUGGACAGAAGUGGAAAGGCAGAAAUCAUUAAACUUGUAAAACGAAGACCAUUCCGCCAGAUUCAAGUCGUGGAGCAGCUCAAUUUGCUGAUUACCAUCUCUGGCCGCAAGAACAGACUUCGCGUGUAUCAUCUGACUUGGCUGAGGAACAAGAUUCUGAAUAAUGAUCCAGAAAGUAAGAAAAGGCAGAAAGCAAUGCUGAAGAGAGAGAAAGCCUGCAAAUCUCUGGAUAAGUUGAUUGGCUGUGAACACUUCAGUAUCCUUCAUCAUGAAGAAACAACAUACAUUGCAAUUGCUUUGAAAUCAUCAAUUCACCUGUAUGCGUGGGCACCAAAAUCCUUCAAUGAAAGCACUGCCAUUAAAGUGAUAUGCAUUGAUCAAUCAGCAGACUCCGAAGGAGACUACAUGUCCUAUGAAGCCUAUAUACGAAUAUUGGCAAAAAUACAGGCAGCUGAUCCAGCGAACCGGUUUAAGAGACCAGAUGAGCUCCUUCAUUUCCUGAAGCUCAAGGUGUUUCCAACUCAUGAUCUUAAGCCAGUGACAGUUGACCUGGCUGUUGGUUCUGAGAAAACACUGAAGAUUUUCUUCAGCUCAGCUAAUGGAUACCACAUCAUCGAUGCAGAAUCUGAAGUUAUGUCUGAUGUGACCUUGCCAAGUAAUAAUGUCAUCCUUUUACCUGAUUCCUUGGGAGUUGGAGUGAUGCUGUCCUUCAAUGAUGAAACUGCCCCUGAGGAAGCAAAUGAACAGCUUCUCAAGAAGAUCCUGGACGUGUGGAAAGACAUACCGUCUUCUGCGGCUUUUGAGUGUACACAGAGAAUCACUGGAUGGGACCAAAAGGCUGUUGAAGUGCGCUCUCUGCAGGCAACUAUUCUUGAGAAUGAGCUGAAGCGCCGCUCAAUCAAGAAGCUGAGAUUUCUGUGUUCUCGUGGGGACAAGCUGUUCUUUGCUUCUCUACUGAACAAUGAGCACAGCCUGGUUUACUAUGUGAGCAUUGCAAAACUUGAAGCGCUCCAAAGAAGAUAUGCUGUUUAAAAGGUUCCAGUGAUCGGUCACAACAUCCAUCCCAAACAUACCAUCUCAUCUUAACAGUUGACUUUUAUCAUUAGAGAAAACUUUAACCAGAGGCUUUUAAUGUAGCACAGAAUAGUUUGAUAAGAAAUGCAGCUUUAUACAUAAAAUUAACUAUAGCAAGCUCUAUGUACUCCAGUGGUGUACAAUCUAUUUUGCACAAACUUUGUAACUUUUGUUACUGUGAAUUCAAACAUUUCUCUUAGGACAGUUUGGACAGUAUCUGUAUUCAGAUUUACAGCAUGGAGUAAAGGAACCUGUUAUAAAUUACAUCACCAGCAACUUUCAAAGGAAUUGGCCCUAAUUAAGCUUUUUCAAAACUAAUAUAUAUAAUUUUUCUAAGCAAAGGUUAGAUUAAAAGACAAAACAAUGAAUUUUACAACCCAGACUAAGGUUGAACAACUUAUGUGCCCAAGGAAAAUUACAUUGAUCAAAGGGAACAUUCGACCCAAUUCCUUUUCACAAUAAAUCCACAGUUGGAGACCAAUUGCAAUUUUUUUCAAGCCCCUUGUUAAACUUGUUUUCUCUACAUAAGAAAAAGAGAAGAAAAUCUCAGAUGCUUGGUUCUGCCCUCCUAAAAGCCACAAAUAUGUGUAAUAUCUGUUUUGACUAACUACCGAACAAUAUAUUUACUAUCUUGAAUACAGGACUGAACUCCAAUGCACAUGUACUGUAGAAAUUUUUUUAAUACAUCAAAGUAGGCGUCAAAUUUUGUCCCCCAAAUUGACUGAGUUUUGAAUUUUAUUAUUUAGCCAAUACUGUGACCAUCAGAUAGCAUUAAAUGUUUUUAAAUAUUUAAAUAUAUUUUAAAUAAUUAAACUAUAUAAAAUGCCCUUCAAGUUAUCAAGCAAAGCAAUGCAACAAAAGAAAAUGAAUGUUGAUGGAUAAUAUAUAUUUUCACAUUUUUAUCACUAUAAAUUCAGAAAUUAAGAUAAUUAGGGUGAUAACCUCAAAUUUAGAGGCAUUUGUUCUAGAUAUGUAAAUUAUAAGAAUUUUAGAAAAAUAUAACAUCCCUUGUAUAUCAAAGUCUGCAAAAGUGAAGUAGAGAAAUUCAUGCCAGUCCACAUCCAAUUAUUUUUAUAGACGCCAAAAAUAGGUGAUACUUAGUCACCUAUGGGAACUGCUACCUGAUUUUUUCAAAGCGUGAUUUAUACCUAUCCAUCCUCAAUGACAUGGUUAGUUCUGGGGCAAUGGAAAAAGCUACAGAACGUACCACAAAGUAUACCUCAAUAAGUCCUCUAGUUCUGUUUCUCAAAUCUGAGGACGGUGCUAGUGGGAUAAUAAUUUUUAAACUACCUGAUUAACCAAAACCAAAAGCAGCUGACUGUGUGUGAUUUCCUGAUAGUGUAUCAUUUCCUGGUACCUUUGUGCUAGAAAUGAAGAUUUGGAUUUUCCUAAUGACUUCUAUCAAGAGUGUAGUAACUCAGUGUUCAGAUUAUAGGAGAACCUGAGUCCACAAGUUAAAUGUGAUUUGCAUUUCUGUUACUGUGACACACUAAUGUGAUCUUAAAACAGGCUUAUCCUUGAGUGUUUACAAUUCAAAUUACUUUUUUUAAGUUCAGUAGUUAUUUUAAAUAAGCAAACGUUAAUGUCAAAUUAAUACCUUAGAAGUAGUUUUCUUUUUUAAAAAAAACAAAGUUGUACACCAAAAGGCCAUGAGGAACUUUGUGCAAGUACCUCAUUGCUGAGGAAAUGGAGCUUGCUAUGUUGGAGGUUCAGAACUUUUUCUCAUUUAAGUAGUACGUAGGAAUAAACCUUUUAAGAAUUUUGUUCUUUAUAAUAUUUACUCAAAAAUAAGCUUAUAAUAAGUUUUAUCUUAAAAUCAUAUGUUUAAGGCAGUAAGACACUAAACCAAAAAUCUAUUUGAGCAACUCAACUCAACUCCCAUUGUUCUCUGUGGCAUUCACUCCAGCAAGCAUGGGAAAUAGCAAAGAGAAUCUACAACGUUGCCCCUAAGCAAUUAUACAGGAAUGAUUAUCAAUGUAGUGCUGGGCUUUCAAGGCUAAAGUGUUAGUGAAGAAACAGAACUUGGCACCUAGCAAGAAGAGAGAUCCAAGCAUUGGGUGCUCAAGUAGGAAAGAUUGAAACAUGUAAAGUAGUUCAUUAGUCACAAAGGUCACUAAUGGAUAGUUUCAACUGAGGUGUAAAUUUGUGUGGGAUUUGUAUAGCCUCUUGACAGGUGAUAAAACAGAGUGGAACUAUGCCCUUUCACCCUCGUUACACUUUGUAAUAGAAGAAAUGGCAUAUACCCUAUACCUUGUAACAAGACCUGCAGGGCCCAGUGCAUGGCACAGGUGUGGAGAGGCAGCCCAGAAAGCCAGUUUUAACUAGAACCAUGGUUCAAAGUGUGAAGCCGUUGGCAGGUUGUGAGCAGCACUGGUGAGAGUUUGGUUUGAUUUCAUAGCAGUUUAGUUGUAUUACCAAAGCACUGGUAAUAAAAUGUGUCAUAUGAGAAGUUUGAAAAUGAGAAUAGGGUUGGUAACCAAAUUACUGAAUGAAUGAAUGAAUGAAUGAAUGAAUGAAUGAAUGAAUUCACACUAAUUAAGAGCCUAAGAGCAAAUAGCAAGAAGGGAAAGAUCAGGCAAAGCUGUAUUCCCCAUUCACUGUCCCUUCAUGGGAUCUUCAGAAUGCAUCAUAUUUGGUGCUUUGUAUAUCACCAUUUCUGAACUAAAUUGAUAGCUAAGUGAUUUUUUUUCCAAGAUUCAUUUGAGAUAGCUAGGUAAUUAAAGCCCAUGCCUUCUAGCUGUAAAUUCCACCCCCAGAAAUCACAUACAAAUUCUAAUCAGUGAUAGAUACUUUGAAUCUCUGUGCUUGUAGAUCUCUGGAGCUUGCUGGCCAAUGUAAAACCCUGUCUCCAAACAGGUGAUAGAUGGAACUCCUGAGGAUGACACUGGUUGUUAUCUUCUGCCGCCCCCCCCCCCGUUUCCCUCUCCUCUCCCUCCUUCCCAUUCCUCCCUCCCUCCCUGUCCCACAGAUACAAACACAUUUACACACCCACAAAAAAACAAGUACACGCAUGCACACACAUGCAAAGAUACAUAUGAAAUCCACUCCAUUCAUCUGAGACAGUCUCUGUAAGAUACAGAAUAAUGCCACACACUCCAAAGGGGAUCUUUUAAGUACGUUUUGGAUUGUUCCCAGACAUGGUCCUGUUUGCAUCACUUAAACUCAACUUGUAUUGAAUUACUCUGUGAAAUGGAAUGUUUGACCAGAAACUCUGUAAUGAAUCAUUGUUUGGCUUCUUAAAUAAAAAUUUGCAGUUA